CUCAGGCUGGCUUUGGGGAUUGCGGUCGUCCCGCAGCUCACAGGUCGCAUGGAACUGCGCUGCGCCGGAGUAGGUGAGGUUUCUUUAGGCGCAUCGCCAAACUGCGCUGUGCCUGCGCCUCCGGGGCUUUAGGGUCCCGCAAUGGCUCCUUCAGGGGAUUGAUUCGGCCAGACUAGGCGACACCAGAGGCGAUGGCCCUUCGAGUGCGCAGGGGAUGGAGCUGACCGCCCCCACUCGGUAGGAUUCCACUGCGCACGAUUUUCCCAGUCCCUUUGGCAUCGCAACAGGAUUAGGGGUGGCCGCAGCUGGCACAGUGAGCAGCUGCUGGGACUGGCGCAACCAGGAAGGGCCUGCGCCCUGGAUCGUGCGCUCUGGGUAGGGGGGCUCCACUGUGGCCAGCCCGGGGCGCCGGUAGCUUCUUUCCACAAGACUGCGGGGCCUCGGAAGGGCGUCCCCCUGCGCGGCAGAGGCUGGCAUAAGCACGGGGAUGAAUGAGCAUUGCUGCGAGGGCGCUUCCCUUACCCUUCACUCUCUUCGGCUGCGCCGCAAGGCCGACAGAAAGGCGCCAGCCCGGAGUGCGCGAGUCAAGGUUUGACUUGCACUGAUCUGGGCCUAAGGUCCAGGAUGGUUUGUUCCUGGGACCAGACCUGACCGGAAGUUGGCCUCAUGAGCACGUCAGCCUCUCCAGCUGCCAUGCUGCUCCGGAGGCUCCGGAGGCUCUCCUGGAGCAGCACCGCUGUCCAGCUCUUCGUCCUCACGGUGGUGACAUUUGGCCUGCUGGCCCCCCUGGCCUGUCACCGGCUUCUACACUCUUACUUCUACCUUCGCCACUGGCAUCUGAACCAAAUGAGCCAAGAGUUCCUGCAACAAAGCUUGAAGGAGGGGGAAGCUGCCCUUCACUACUUCGAGGAGCUGCCCUCCGCCAACGGCUCAGUGCCCAUUGUCUGGCAGGCCACCCCACGGCCCUGGCUGGUCAUCACCAUCGUCACGGUGGACAGGCAACCUGGCUUCCACUACGUCUUGCAGGUGGUGUCCCAGUUCCACCGGCUUCUCCAACAGUGCGGCCCCCAGUGCGAGGGGCACCAGCUCUUCCUGUGCAAUGUGGAGCGCAGUGUGAGCCAUCUCGAUGCCAAGCUGCUGUCCAAGUAUGUCCCCGUGGCCAACCGCUAUGAGGGCACUGAGGACGAUUACGGCGAUGACCCUUCCACCAACUCGUUCGAGAAAGAGAAGCAGGACUAUGUCUAUUGCCUGGAGUCGUCUCUGCAGACCUACAACCCAGAUUAUGUCCUGAUGGUGGAAGACGAUGCCAUUCCAGAAGAGCAGAUCUUCCCAGUCUUGGAGCACCUUCUGCGGGCUCGCUUCUCUGAGCCACACCUCAGAGAUGCCCUUUAUCUAAAGCUCUAUCACCCCGAGAGGCUCCAGCACUAUAUCAACCCGGAGCCCAUGCGGAUCCUGGAGUGGGUUGGUGUGGGCAUGUUGCUGGGGCCCUUACUAACCUGGAUAUACAUGCGGUUUGCCAGCCGUCCAGGGUUUAGCUGGCCCGUCAUGCUGUUCUUCUCCCUGUAUAGCAUGGGCCUGGUGGAGCUGGUGGGCCGGCACUAUUUCCUGGAACUGCGGCGGCUGAGCCCUUCCCUAUACAGCGUGGUCCCGGCUUCACAAUGUUGUACCCCGGCCAUGCUCUUUCCUGCCCCAGCGGCCCGCCGGACCCUCACCUACCUGUCCCAGGUGUACUGCCACCAGGGCUUUGGCAAGGACAUGGCACUGUACUCACUGCUGAGGGCCAAGGGGGAGCGGGCCUAUGUGGUGGAACCCAACCUCGUAAAACACAUCGGGCUCUUCUCCAGCCUUCGGUACAACUUUCACCCCAGUCUGCUGUAGCGGGCCACGAACUGCCUCUCUGAAGUUGGCUGCUUCUGAGAGAUUCAAAUACUGAGCUCCAUAUUUCGACAUGGUUGCUUGCAGAUAAUUCGUUGUUUAACGUUGCCGGGAAUAUAAGCACUAAGACUGCAGAGGGACAGACCAGUCAAGAACCUUGGCACGAGCAGCCAUUGGCCGCAGAUCCGGAUCCCUGGCCCUCCACCAGCCACACCGCCUCGGGCAAUCUGAUCCACCAACCAGGGGGCAUUUAAAUACCAGUUAUAUUCUCCAGUUGUGCUCAGCUGCACUUUAUGGCAGAGACUGUGACUGCCAAAAAUAUUGUGCACAGUGACUGUUUAAGGAUUUUAAGGGCAGAAUUGGUGAAAGGUUAGACCCUUUCGAAUGGAUUUCUUUUCAUUGGACAGGAGAAUGGAUGUGUUUCAGAUACAUGUCUAAACAGGCAGGACCAUGUCGAUCAUUUCCACCUGUUUCCUGAAAGCCAAUAAAAGCCAUGCAGCGCCUGGCAGCGUGGAGGCAGGUGGGCUCACUUCUGUUACCUGCCUUUCUCUCUUCUGCAUUGUCGUGCACUGGUGAUCAGUAUUGUUUGUGAGAACUUCAAGGCCUAGCAAAAUUUGAAAGCACCUUAUGGAUCAUCAAAGUCAGAUUGCUUAUGUUUAUUAGGGAUUUAGUAUCGAAGAUUUUGGUCACAUUCUGAUUAUUUGGAAAGUGGACAUUGUAGAAUGGCAUAGAAUGGGUGAGCUUUUUUACUCACUGUAUAUCCCUUUUCCUAACUUGCUGGCUAACCAUUCACUCUCAUUUUUUUUCUUCUAGGUAGCAUGGUGUUAUAGAAGACAAAACAUGGGCUGCAAAGUCAGACGACCUGAGUUUUGAUUUCAGAUCUCUCAUGUCCUAGUGAUGUGAACUGGGCAAGUCAUAACCACUCUGAGUCUCAGUUUCUCCACCUGUAAAAUGGGGACAGUGGGACCUACCCUUUAAAGUUGACUCGUGGUUGAAAUGACAGAAUGUUUGCAAAACACCUAAUAAGUGCUCAGCCCAGAGAGAGUACUUGGCAAAUUUUGGUUCUUGUCUCUCCUGUAAUAAGUAUAUAAAACUCAAGUGUAUUUUGGAUAAAGAUAUUAAUGAUAUUGUUUAGAGUGGGGGUCCCCAGCCCCCCAGGCCGUGGACCAGUACUGGUCUGUGGGCUGUUAGGAACCAGGCCACAUAGCAGGAGGUGAGCACCAGUGAGCAAGCAGACGCUUCACUCACAGUACUGCCUGAGCUCCGCCUCCUGUCCCCACCCCUCUCCCAGUCCAUGGAAAAACUGUCUUCCAACUGGUCCCUGGUGCCAAAAAGGUUGGCGACUGCUGGCUGAGAGUAUGAGACAGAACACAGCUCACACUCAUGAAGCAGCCCUUCCAGACCAACCACUACAAUGAACACUGACUUGUCAUUGUGACUUCUGCAGGGCAUAUGGCUCCAACCAAGCCAAAACAACUUCUUAUUCAAACUGGAAGUGAUCUGAGGCUCCUUUUGAGCUUAUUCCAAGACUAUCAUCUAAAAAUUACUUCUCUCGAGUGGUACAAAUAACUGGCCUUUGACGACGCUUAUCAAACCCAUGGACAAGUCCCUUCACGAGGACAUGUGAUUGAAUUAAGAGUUCAAGCACUUCUCUGAUUUGUUUCAGAGCCACAUCUUCCCUUUGCUUUUACGUUUCCACAGUGAGCUCCCAUCUGGGGAUCCACUUGAGAACAGAGAGAGGAGUUGGGGGGAGGGGAAGGGCUCUAGCACCCCACUUCGCAGAUGAACAAACCGAGACCCAGAGGUGUUAGACAACUUCUCCAGGUUCACACAGCUGAACAGGAUGGAAACAGCUCUUCUGACUUGCAGCUUUUUUCUUGACUGCACUCAUGUUAUAAAUAUCUAUGUAGUCAAAUUCUGUCCUGUAAAAUUCGAUUGUAACCUGGACUGAAUAAUGUAUCCGUAGACUAAGGUAUGAGAAAGUCUUUGUCAUGUGGGUCUUGGGGAACAAGCAGGUCACAGUGUGUGUUGUGUUGUUGUAGUGACCUGUUAGGUAUCUCCCAGCAAUGCCCGAAGUGGUCAGAGCUAGCAGAUGACUUACUCAGAUGUUCAGAUUCCACACCUUCAUUCCUCCUCACCCAGCAACUGGUCCACUCCCAUGCUGGAGAAAAGGACUACCCUCAACCUAGACCUUAUUAGAGUUUGUUGCAUUCAUGAUUGGAUCCUCUCAUGAAUUUUUUUAUGGUCCUGUUUAAGCUAGGCAGCCUCAAGACAGGGGAGUCAUUGCUGGUUUAUGUUUCUGUUCUUUUUGAUUCCGUUGGCUACUGCAUGCAGACAUCCCCUCCUGACUCCUGCGUUCUGGAUGGUCAAGGCCGUCUUGGCCUUGUCUGGUUUUUCUACCUAAGUACCCAGACCUCUUCUCCCAUUGAGCUUAAGUAGAGUCUGCCAUCCUUGGAUAUUUUCUGCAGCUGAGUGCUGCCCUUUUCCCUCUACCCACUUUUAGAUAUACCCCCCUUUUGUCCCUCAUUCCUCGAGUCCAAUUUUCAUAUAUUGUCCUUGAUUAGGACAGCUGACAGCUUCACGCCAAAGCUGAUGUCCCUUGUUUAAUCCUAAGCAAGGGGACUAGAGGAGACCUCAAGUCCCCCCCCCCCCAUAUCAAGGGACACAAGUUACUAGGUGGGUGAAGGUUUCUAACAGUCCUGCUCAUCUUUCAAAGUUGAAAUUAUUGUCAGGCCUAAGAAGGUCUCAUUUGUGACUGAUCGUAUUUGCAUAGACAUAUCACGUAAAAUAAAAGCACCCAUUCCACUGAGGUAUCCUGAGAAGACUUUUGUUAUUCUCUUUCACUCAUUUAUAUGGGACGGAUUUUUGCAUGUGGCGAGUAGUAUCAAACACACACAUAUGCACAUACCCCCCACCACUGUGGAGUCCCAAAGUACUACGCAAAGGUACGGGCUGUUGGCUUAAUAACUGAAUUUCUUAAAUGGAAGCAUUUGAAUUGUGCAUCCGUCUUUAUUACUGUGUUUGUUUAAAGAAAAAAAAUGGUGAGAAUACUACCAUGUAACUGGAGAAUAGAAGCAGGAUGUAUAAAAUGAUAGGAUUGAUCUUAUUCCCCUUGGAUGCACUUCCCAUUGGGGAGAACUUAUUUAAUUGGUAACAAUUUGGGUGGAGAGGCAUUCUAACUGAAGUUGAUCACUGUGGGAUUUUUAGAUACACUGAGAUUCAUUGUGAGUUGCAGUAACACAUGCUAUAACUGGGUGAUUUUUAAGUUACAUGAACAAUUUGGAUAUUUUGGUCCUUACUGCAAUGAAUUUGCUGAGAAAAGCUCAUUAACUGGCACUGUUUCUUCAGGUUGGAUUUUUGGAAAAACCUUGGGGCUGUGUCAGACAGUUGGAAAUUGAACAGUGCUAAUGGCCAGAAAAGGUAUUUUACAUUAUAUUAGAGCCGUGGCUGGUGGGUCACCCCAAUAUUGGUUUGUUCACAACAACAUGAGUCAUCCUCCAUGCUGAAUGGGAACUUUUGGUUCACAGUGGGACACCUUAUCUUCAUUGACCUUUCCCUGGUGACCUACACAGAAAUAUGGAUAAAUGAACUGAUUUUUUUAAAAAGCACCUAUGUUCACCAUUUGGAGGUAAGAACAAGAUGAAAAUCCAAAGGCAAGUGACGACUGCAUCAAAAAUAAACAAGGAACAGGAGGCACAAGAACGUGGGAAUGAGGUAGCGUUACUAUGUCAGAGAGAUGGGAAAAGAGGACAGUGAUUAGAAGCAGAAAGUCCCAUCUGUCACCUGUUCUUGUCUGUCCCAAACUCCCUUAUUUAAUAAAUUGUGUGUGUGUGUGUUUGGCUGUCAUGAAAUCCUUAUAGGACCAGUUUGUGGAGAUGCAAAGGAACAAAACAGUGGACAGUCAGUGUUCUGGAUAAAUCAUUCAUUACCUUGCUAGGACCUGGCUUCGUACUGCACUUAGAAUAAAACUCAAACCCCUACACUGCCACCCGAGCCAGUUGUGAUCUGGCCCCUGCAAACUCUCGGACUCCAUGUCUCAUCACUCCCCAGGCUCUAGACACACCCGCUUUCUUUCAGUCCUUGUACUUGCUUCCUAGGUUCUCACUGCAAGGCCUUUCCCUGAACUCGGUAUUAAACUGCCCCCACCCCCAAAGACUUUCCAUUUAUCUGAAGCAGGCUUUCCUUUCCCCCUUUCCUACUCUCAAACCCACUUCAUCAGAUUACCCAGUUUGAGUCCCUUCAAAGCUCUUGUCAUUACCUCAAGUUCCCUUAUUUAUUAUUUUGGGUUUUUCACCUCCAUCUCCUGCCACAGAAUAUAAGGUCUGCAAUAUCA